UCAGCUAAACUGAUAGCAGGAGCUGUAAUCUCUGUGCUUUUGGAUAUUACUGUACUGAAGGAGUUCAUAAUGGAUCUGGCACUGCGCAUACUCCUGGCUCUAAGUGUUACACUCUGUCUGCUUCUGCCCGAAGGAUCAGGGCUGCCUGCAUCGGAGCGCUCCAACCCUGGCGCCCGUCCUGCCCCCCUGCGCACACGCACGAAACGCUGCUCCUGCAGCAACUGGAUGGACCGGGAGUGCAUCUACUUCUGCCACCUGGACAUCAUCUGGAUCAACACACCAAGUAAGGCCACGCCUUAUGGGCUGGGAAGCCCCCUGACCCGCCGGCGCCGCUCCACGAACCGCUGUGUGUGUGCCAGCCCCUCCGACCGCACCUGCACCAGCUUCUGCCGUCGCAGCUCUCAGAAACCUGAGCUAGUGGAGGUGAACCCUUUUGCCCAGUCCCAGCACCACACAGACAGAACCAUAACCAACGCCAAACUACUCACCUCUCUCAGGGAGGUGGUCAGAGCCAACGUGCUGACCGUGAAGCGGGCCACAUUCCCCAGGAGAAAACGAUCCGGUGUCCCUGGCAGGUAACCAGCGCAGGGAGGAGGCGAAAUAGCCAAAAGAGCGAGCGUCCAAUCGGAAACAUCCCGGACGAGGUCGCCGGGCAGAGAUGGAGAGGAGUGCUUCCCUAUUGGACAAGAGGGGGAAUCCCCAUCAAAUGGGACAGGCUGCAGUCUAGAGAACAGACUGGCUUCUCUCUGACUGUAUUUUUUAUUGGAGGAAUUGGGGUGUCAUGAGGGUGUAAUGAAGAUAGGUCUCUGUGGUAUAAGCGUACCCCCCUUCAGUACAGUUCUGGCAGUUCCCACAAAUCUACACCUGGCACAUAGAGUAUGUGUCUAAAGCUGACAGGUGAAGACAUUUCUCUCACAGAUAUUUUGAAGUUGAAGUUGAAGGGAAAGCACAAAAAAACAAUAGAGGAGAAAAUGCAGACAAACUGCAUUACUGGGGAUUUCAGGCUUUAAGGCUGUUGGCUUUUAUCCACUGCACUGAAGAGUUGAAGCUGAAUGUAAUUGUUCUUCAGCUUUCUGCAUGGCAAGCUUUGUAGCCUCAAAUCAACAAUACCUGCAAGUAUGUUUUUGCAAAGUUUGUAGAUUUUUUGUAGCUGUUCCAUGUGCAAGCUGCUUUGACAUGGAAUUCACUGGUUCAGGGUAAUGUGUGAUACACAAAGAGCAAUGGGAUUAUACUGUAUUUGUGAUCAUUCUGAUGCUCCGGCAGGUGCUUAAGAAACUAUUGGGGGUUUUAUUUCUCGGGUUAAUUAUUUAACUGUCACGCACUUUUUCCUGUUGUCGGAACCGGCCGAGUUUCGACGCAGGGUUUUCAGAACGCCUUCCUCUGAAGCAGAGAACUGACUGUGUGAGAGGAUGAGCCUGAGAGGACAAUGUCCUCAAUACUUAAUAAUAAUAAUUUAGUAUUUAGCUGACCAAAGAAACUUACAGUUAAUUAGACUAAGCAGGGGGGCAAUCCUCUGUUGAGCAAUGCAGGGAUAAGGGCCUUCCUUAAGGGCCCAACAGCUGUGUGGAUCUUAUCAUGGUUACACAGGGCUUGAACCACCAACCUUCCGGGUACCAGUCAUGUACCUUAGCCACUAGUCAGGCUUUGAAAAGCUUUGACAGCAUUGAAACUCACUGAAAAGCAGGGGACAAAGAAAGGUCCUCUCAGGUCAGUGUUACACAUGAAGGGUUACAGAAGUCCCACUGACACAGGAAGUCGAACUAAAAUCUCAGAAGUCAUCACAUUUAAUCUGUAAUUGGAACUGAUUCAUGUGAUGUUUGGGUAAGCGAGCAGCUGUAAACAAAUAACAGAUUAAAAGAAAAUGUUAAAUAUAAUUAUAUAUUGUUAUAUUUUCAAUAUUAUUUUUCUGUUCCGCCAUGACAUGUCAGUGGCGCAGCCAUUUUUAAAACAGGUUUCUCUUUUUUUCACCAAAACAUUUUUUUUUUUUGGUUUAAUAAUAAUGGAUGAUCCUUUUUAAAGUCAGAAGCAAAAUAAAUUCCAUGUUUAUUUUACUCAGCCUGUCUGAACAUGUAGAUUAAGUUUGUCAGGACAAAAAAUUAUUUUAGUGUGGUUUAGUUUUGUUUCAGUUGUGUAUUUAAUAUUGCUGUCACUGCACAGUGGAAGCAACACGGCAACUCAAAGUGAUUUCCUUCUGACUUAGUUGUUUCAAAACUCCAUCUCAGUGAAGUGCUCUUUUAUUUAUGUUUAUUUUUAUAUUUAUAUAUUAUGUUUAACUUAUGCUUUUAUAUUAGCUGUAUAUUUGCCAAAAGGCAUAUUUAUGCCAAUUGGUUUAUGCAGUUUAUCAAUGAAUCAAUAAAUUAUUAUAACUGUU